AUGGAGCACGCAAAGAGGAUCAAGGUAGACCUCCCACCAAUCAUGGAGGAACACAAGCUUCAGCCCGACCCAGGCUGCGCCUACAAAAGCCGCGGGUAUGCCUCUUUUGUUUUCGAGGCUGGCGAGCUGCGGAAGCGGCCUCAGCGGCCGUACGAGACUCCUGCCAGGUCCACCAAAGCAGGUCGUGCUGGCAAGAGGGUGGACUUGGGGCCACUGCCGGAGGGCUUUGUGUCUUCGUCUGAAUUCCUUGCCAUGUUGGCGCAGGUCUUGACGGGUGUUCAAGACAUGGAGCAAGGUCAGGCAGACAAGGCCGAGCUUGGCGUGCAUCUGAUCCGCACUUGCUGCAAGGGUGGCGCUGUGCAGAUCUCGCCAGGUUUUCAUCAAGACGGGUUCCAGUAUGUGGCUUUGAUUGUUUUGGAACGAAGCAACGCGGCCGGCGCCGAGAACUGCUUGGCGGUCGACAAGUGCGCAGAGCCUUUUAUGACUCGCAAGCUGGAGCCAGGAGAAGGUUUGAUCUUCAACGACCAAAAGUUGUGGCACCACGUGACCGACCUGACGAUCGCUGACCCCUCGAAAGGGCCAGGCUUUCGGUCAAUGUUGAUUGUCACGGUGGACCUUGAGUGGCGCACGGCCAGCGUGCCUCUCAUGCCAUUGUCUCAUCGCUUGACCAUUGCCAUUCUGAGCUCUGUGCGUUCCGGAGUUCUGGCUGGUUUGAGCGCAAUGGAGCGGUCCAUGGAAACCGCUUGCGGGUGCUGCCCACAGGCAUCUUGGCCAGCGCUGAAGACACCAGCAGACUUCAGCCCUUCUGGCACCGAGGUGCAGGUUGGGCGUCUGAGAGUGUAUCAGGCGGGCGCAGCAGGGCCCACUGCAGUUGUGGUCAUCCAAGAGAUCUAUGGCUGGGAGGGCCGAUUAAAGGGCAUUUGCGACACGCUGGCGGCAGAGGGCCAUAUGGUGGUGAUGCCCGACUUGCACCACGGUGAGACUGCCCACCACAAGAGCGACGCCGAGAAGUUGACAUGGCUGGCCAAGUUCCCAGAAGGCCGUGUGUGUGAAGACCUGCAGGCAGUGAUCACAUGGCUCCAAAGCAAAGGUGUCAAACGCAUUGGGAGCGUGGGGUUUUGCUGGGGCGCUUGGGCUAUUUGCAAGGCAUCGGCCUGCGGUUUGGCAUUGCAGUGUGGUGUCGCCGCGCACCCAAGCACCAAGAUCGAGCGCACGGUCUUUGGAGCCGACGAGGUGGCCCUGGCCGGGGCAGUCCGCAUGCCCAUGCUGUUGCUUCCUGCUGGCAGCGACCCUGCAGAGCUGAAACCGCAAGGUUUGGUGGCACAGGCUCUGCAGCAAGGUGCUUCGGUGGAGUUUCCCGACAUGGUUCACGGCUGGGUCACACGCGGGGACCUUCAAGAUCCGGCGGUCAAGAGGGAUGUUGAACGGGUCACAGUGCAGUGGGAGAUGUCAGUGUUUGAGGCUGUGCGGGUGAAGGGCAUGACAGAAGAGUGGCCAGAAGCUUCAAGCACGGGUGAGCAUGAAAGGAGCAUCGACAAAGAGGGCGGCUACGCAGUGGGCGAUGGCCAAACGCCCGUAGUCGCGCCGAUGGCCGGUAUCGAACACAAGGCCCUGCGGUGGGCCGAGUUGCGAAGCUCUCGACUUCUUCUUCUCCUCUGCGUGCUGCCUUUGGCCGGCGCCAGGCAGUCCUCUUUGCGGAGUCGCUCCAUUGGUCUGGCUCAGGCGCUUCAGGCGCCCAAUGCCAGCGGAGCCAGCGGAGCCAGCGGAGCCAGCGGAGCCAGCGGAGCCAGUGCAGCCAGCGGAGCCAGCGGCAGUAGCAGCGCUGCGAGUGCCGGCGGCAACACUAGCGCUGGGAGCGGCAACAGCAGCGGGCUCGUGGACGGGCAGGUGAGCACUUUGUACUGGGCGGAGGUGGACCGAGCCCUGGAGGCCGCAGCCCUGGUGACCCCGUCGCCGGAGUCCACCACGCCGACGCCUGAUCCGUACAGCGCGAUCCUGGGCGUGUCCAAGGGGGGCCAGCCCGAGAACGCGGAGAACGUGGGCGCGAACAACUACGAGUUGGUGACUCCGCCGCCGCCCUUCCCAGUGGUGAAGAAGACACCCAAGGUGAGCGUGCUGCCGUACGGGAUGGCGCUGGGCGCUGAGGUCUUGUACGGCAUGUCGGAGAAGGUCCCUACGCAGCCCUUGCCGCCACAGGAAGAGGUGGACGCUUCCUUCCAAGCGCAGUGCCCGAACGUGACGUUCGCCUCCGAGGUGUUCAUCACGCCGCCCUGCAACGGCGGGGGCCUGGGCUCCUGGAGCGAGUCCCCCGGGCUGCGGAACCUGCUGAGGUGGUCCCUAAACUCCAAGGGCGGCAUCGACUUCGGCAUUGAUCACGCGCUCUGGGGCAAGGGCAGCAUCAGCUUCGCCUCCUUGAAAGAGAAGAUGACUUUGAACACCGUGGUCUUCGAGCUGUUUAACUGCAUGAACGUCAUGCGUUACAGCAUCGAGGAGACCAUCGUGAAGGUGAACCACAUGGCGCCCGGCGCCCAGUCCACCGCCGUGGACCACGACGUGGGCGAGACCGCGACUGCGGUCUUCUACCAGUACCUCAUCAAGCAUGCCAACGGCACCUUGGUGGCUGAGACCAGUCAGUACCGCUUGCCGGAGACAGAGAUCAACUUCACCUCCUUUGUGCCCGGCACUUUGCGGUCCCAGACCUUUGCGCUCGCGAAGCGGAACAAGCGCUGGGCUGGCACAGACUGGCGCACAUGCGAGCACUCGCAGGGAUGGAACAUCUCCUUCCCGCUGGGCGCUGCGGGCAACGCGACCGCGCAGGACUUGCAGGUGGCAGCAGCCGCAGUGUUGACGCUCCUGGCCUGGCGCGAAGAGCACGUGAGCAGCGACGGCUUCGAGCACGAGGGCCAGUUCUACUUGUACUGGUCCCUGGCGCGCCAACUGCCACCCAAGGCUACAGAGCGCUUUGGGCACGGCUCGUUUAUGCGCUCAAGGCAUUUGGCCCACAGGAGCCGCACAGUGAUACUUGUGGUGGCCUUUGCAAAGGUGGGAGAUUUCGUGGGUAGGGCCUGCGAUGUGUUUCCCGGCCAGGAGAACGGCCAGACCAGGUCCCUUACGGAUUUCUUCGAGCUGGGAACGGUUGCAGGCUACAAGAUGCCUCGCUUGAUGGCGAAGGUGGAGGGUCGUGGGAACGGAAUCAAGACGUGCAUUGUGAACAUGGGCGAGGGGCCCCCUGGAACACCAGUGCAGCCCUGACGGCCGAAGCCGCGCGUAGGCCGCAGGUUGAAGCUGCCUGGAUCUUUUCCGAGCAUCCCCGUCGUGCCCGCUCUGGCCCGGGUUCGUUCACGGUGCCGAAAAGGCUUCAACACUUCUCAGCCGAGUGCGGCGGGCAAAAACCCGCUUGCCUGCUUCUUUUCCAG